UAGCUUAUAAUCUCUUAUGUAUCUAUCAAUAACUCAUGUUACUUAACUCUAUUAACUAAUGAACUCUUAAUAAAUAAGUCUUAAAUAAUUCUCUACAAGAGUAAGAGCAUUAGAGAGAACAUUUGAAUGGCAAAAAGUUGAAACUGGGGCAAAGGAAAGAGCUAAAGAGAUUUAAUGAUUUUAAAAAAGCAAAAUUUGUAGUUGGAUAAAGAUUAGGGAAAAAAAGUUAGUAUUAAUUGAUGUGAAAAGAUCCCUAGCCAAAAUGAAGAAUGAGCUUUGGUAGAAGGAAAUAGGAGCAUUUCAGAGAGACAGUCAAAUGGAUUUGGUAUACCUGGAAAGAAAGAGAAAUCUAAAAUGCAUUAUGUCUACCAAGUUUUAAGAAUUCUUGACUAACAACUGCCACCCCAGAAUCAUUUAAUUUUAGAGCUGGACAGGUCCUAGACAACAUUUAGUCCAGCUCCCAUGUUUUGUUUUGUUUUUUUAAUUAGGAAACUGAGGCACAGUGAUACAUUUAAGAUAUUGCUAAUAAUCAAAUCCCAUUAUGCAAAAUCCAUGGAGAUUGUACAAAUUUAUUAAUUUUCCCGAAACUUUGCAAAAAUUGCUGCAAACAAGUGUGUUUUUUUUUGUCAUGUGAACAUUUUUGAAUUAAUAAAAUUUGACCAUUCCUAUUUGACAAAAAUGAAAAAUUGGAUGGAUUUCUGAGAGAUUCACUUCCUGAAGGAUUUAGUCAGGAGUUUGAAGAACAACAACCCAAAAGCAGGCCAAAAUUUCAGUCUCUGCAAAUACAGUCUACCACUCCACCUCCCCUGCUACCUAGUACUAAAAAACGGCAAGAUGAACCUGAAGUUAAGCCAAAAAAUGUAGAAAAGGACAAAGAGGUGAAUAUGAAAGAAUGGAUUUUGCAGUAUGCUGAACAGCAGAGUCAAGAAGAAAAGACUGAGAAUUCUAAAAGUUUAGAAGAAGAGGAAAAAUUUGACCCUAAUGAAAGAUACUUACACCUUGCAGCAAAGCUUCAGGAUGCAAAGGAACAGGCAGCUUCCUCUAAGCUAGAAAAAAACAAGCAAGGCCAGAAAGAGGCACAAGAAAAAAUAAGGAAAUAUCAGAGGGAAAUGGAAACUUUAGAAGAUCAUCCUGUGUUCAAUCCUGCCAUAAAGAUUUCCCAGCAACAACAGAAUGAAAGAAAAAAAUCAUCGUUGGCUGCUGAAGGAGAAGGGACUUUGAACUUGAAUUUAUUUGAAAACUCUGCAAUUACAGAAGAAGAAAAAGCAAAAAAGAAAGAUCCUCGUGAUGUGAGAAAUUUUGACUACACUGCUCGAAGCUGGACUGGCAAAUCUCCCAAACAGUUUCUUAUUGAUUGGGUCAGGAAAAAUCUUCCCAAGAGUCCAAAUCCUUCCUUUGAAAAGAUUGCAGUUGGUAAAUACUGGAAAUGUAGAGUCAAAGUAGUUAGAUCUGAAGAUGAUGUGCUGGUGGUGUGUCCUACAAUUCUGACGGAGGAUGGCAUGCAAGCUCAACAUCUGGGAGCUACUCUGGCUCUUUAUCGUUUAGUAAAAGGGCAGUCAGUCCAUCAGUUGCUCCCUCCCACUUACCGAGAUGUUUGGUUGGAAUGGAGUGAAGCAGAAAAGAAAAAGGAAGAACUGAAUAAAAUGGAAACUAAUAAGCCUCGUGAUCAUUUUAUCGCCAAACUUCUAAAUAAACUGAAACAGCAACAACAGCAACAGCAACAACAGUGUGAAAAUAAAAAAGACAUUUCUGAUGAUCCUGAGGAAUCCUGGGAAAAUUUAAUUACUGAUGAGGACUUUACUGCACUCUCUCUGGAAACUUCCUACACAGAAGAUUUGGAGCCUGUCAGAAACCUUUUUCGAAAGUUACAAAGUACCCCUAGGUACCAGAAACUGUUAAAAGAGAGACAACAGUUACCUGUCUUCAAGCACAGGAAUUCAAUUGUUGAAACACUCAAAAGACAUCGAGUAGUGGUUGUGGCCGGUGAAACAGGAAGUGGCAAAAGCACCCAAGUGCCCCAUUUUCUUUUGGAAGACUUGCUGCUCAAUGAGUGGGGAUCAGGUAAAUGCAACAUUGUGUGCACACAACCUCGAAGAAUCUCAGCGGUGAGUUUAGCAACUAGAGUUUGUGAAGAAUUGGGCUGUGAAAAUGGACCUGGUGGAAAGAAUUCCUUGUGUGGGUAUCAAAUUCGAAUGGAAUCUAGAGCUAGUGAUGCCACAAGGUUACUCUAUUGUACUACAGGGGUUCUGCUAAGAAAACUACAGGAAGAUGGGCUUCUGACAAAUGUAUCUCAUGUUAUUGUAGAUGAGGUUCAUGAAAGAAGUGUCCAGUCAGAUUUUCUUCUAAUUAUCCUGAAGGAGAUUUUACAGAAACGUUCAGAUCUACACUUGAUUUUGAUGAGUGCUACUGUAGACAGUGAAAAGUUUUCUACAUAUUUUACACACUGCCCUAUUCUCAGAAUUUCAGGAAGAAGUUAUCCUGUUGAGGUUUUUCAUCUUGAAGAUGUUGUAGAGGAAACAGGUUUCGUAUUGGAGAAAGAUUCAGAAUACUGUCAGAAAUUUCUGGAAGAGGAAGAGGAAAUAACUAUUAAUGUAAACAGCAAAGCUGGAGGAAUCAAAAAGUAUCAGGAAUACAUACCAGUACAGACUACUCCUUGUGUUGAUAUAAAUCCUUACUACCAGAAAUAUAGCAACCGAACUCAGCAUGCUGUAUUCUAUAUGAAUCCCCAUAAAAUCAACCUGGAUCUCAUUUUGGAGCUGCUUGCAUUCCUAGAUAGAAGUCCUCAGUUCAGGAAUGUAGAAGGAGCAGUAUUGAUUUUUUUACCUGGACUUGCUCAUAUUCAGCAGUUGUAUGACCUCUUAUCAAAUGACAGGAGAUUUUAUUCUAAAGAGAGAUAUAAAUUGAUAGCAUUGCAUUCUAUUCUUUCAACCCAAGAUCAAGCAGCGGCAUUCACACUUCCACCUCCAGGAGUCAGAAAGAUUGUUUUAGCAACAAAUAUUGCAGAGACAGGCAUCACUAUCCCUGAUGUUGUAUUUGUAAUUGAUACUGGGAGGACAAAAGAAAAUAAGUACCAUGAAAGCAGUCAAAUGAGUUCACUAGUGGAAACCUUUGUCAGUAAAGCUAGUGCUCUGCAGCGCCAAGGAAGAGCUGGUCGGGUUCGAGAUGGAUUCUGCUUCAGAUUAUAUACAAGGGAAAGAUUUGAAAGCUUUAUGGACUAUUCAGUUCCAGAAAUCUUACGUGUACCUUUGGAAGAGUUAUGCCUUCAUAUUAUGAAAUGCAAUCUGGGUUCUCCUGAGGAUUUCCUGGCCAAAGCUUUAGAUCCCCCUCAGCCUCAAGUAAUCAGCAAUGCAAUGAAUUUACUCCGAAAGAUUGGAGCCUGUGAACCAAGUGAGCCUAAACUAACUCCAUUGGGCCAGCAUCUUGCAGCACUACCAGUGAAUGUCAAAAUUGGAAAGAUGCUUAUUUUUGGUGCUAUAUUUGGCUGCUUGGAUCCUGUGGCCACAUUAGCUGCAGUUAUGACAGAGAAGUCUCCUUUUACCACACCAAUUGGUAGAAAAGAUGAAGCGGAUCUUGCAAAAUCAACUUUGGCCCUGGCAAAUUCAGACCACCUGACCAUCUAUAGUGCAUAUCUUGGAUGGAAAAAGGCUCGACAGGAAGGGGGAUAUCGUUCUGAAGUGGCUUACUGCAGAAGAAACUUUCUAAAUAGAACAGCACUGUUAACUCUAGAGGAUGUAAAGCAGGAAUUGAUAAAACUAGUCAAAGCAGCAGGAUUUACAUCUGCGACAACCUCUAAUGGCCGGGAUGCAAACAGAGCCACCCAAACCCUCUCCCUUCAGGAAAUAGCUCUUCUUAAAGCUGUUCUGACUGCAGGACUCUACGACAGUGUGGGGAAAAUAAUCUAUACAACAUCAAUAGAUGUCACAGAAAAACUGGCUUGCAUUGUGGAAACAGCCCAAGGCAAAGCCCAAGUUCACCCAUCUUCUGUGAACAGAGAUCUACAAGUAUAUGGAUGGCUAUUAUACCAGGAGAAAGUAAGGUAUGCCAAAGUGUACUUGCGAGAAACCACUCUCAUCAGCCCCUUUCCAAUCUUACUUUUUGGUGGCGACAUAGAAGUGCAGCACCGGGAACGUCUUCUCUCUGUGGAUGGCUGGAUCUACUUUCAGGCCCCUGUAAAGAUUGCAGUUAUAUUCAAACAACUAAGAGUACUCAUUGAGUCUGUUCUGCGAAAAAAACUUGAAAAUCCUAAAAUGUCCCUUGAAGAUGACAAGAUACUACAAAUCAUUACAGAAUUGAUAAAAACAGAACACACUAGCUGAAAAUAGUACAAACUAUUUGACAGAAUAAACAAAGAAGGAUUGCAAUGGUGUCACAAUUGAGAUGAUUUGAUAAUGAAAUUAUGUGAAAAUGGUCCAUUCUGAAAGUAUUUAAAUAUUUCAAUUGUUGAUAAUUAGCCAUACUUUGGAAGAAAAAGCACAUUCUUUACAUGUGUGAUUUUCUACUUCCUUUUUCAUGAAGAUGACUAAAUGUAUUUACCAUUAUUUACAAUAAAUUCUUUUGGUGCCA